AUGUCUCAUUCUAGCGAAGCCAUUGGUGCCUCCACGCGCUCCCUGCAUGCCGAUGAUGCUUUGAAUCUUGUUAAGGAUGUCGCUCCUCCUAUGCAUCUCUCUACUACAUUUCGUCAUUCCAAUGACCCAACCCAGCUAGUACCGGCUGCUGAUACCACCCCUUCCGACUUUGACCCAACCUCCCAUAUCUACUCGCGUAUGUCCGCACCUAAUACUACCCGUUUCGAAGCAAUCCUCUCCUCUCUCCUCCACGGUCAAGUUAUAAGCUAUUCCUCUGGCCUAUCAGCCUUGCACGCCGCUCUCACCCUCCUCAACCCCCGCCACAUCUCCGUCGGCGAUGGUUACCAUGGUUGCCACGGCGUCAUCGCCCUCUUCACCCGCCUAACAGGCCUGCAAAAGCUCCCCCUCGACUGCUCUCCCGACCAACUCGAAAAAGGAGAUGUAAUCCUGCUUGAAACACCCGUCAACCCUCAAGGCACCGCCUUCGACAUCACCUCCUACGCCGCCAAAGCCCACGCUCGCGGCGCAUACCUUAUCGUCGACAGCACCUUCGCCCCACCAGGCCUGCAAGAGCCAUUCCAGUUCGGCGCAGAUAUCAUCAUGCACUCAGGUACCAAAUACUUCGGCGGCCACAGCGAUCUGCUGUGCGGUGUCCUCGCCACGAACCGCGACGACUGGGUCGCACAACUGAAAUCCGACCGUCCCUUCAUCGGAAGUGUCAUGGGUAACAUGGAGGGCUGGCUCGGUGUCCGCAGUCUGCGCACACUCGAGAUUCGUGUCCAGCGCCAAAGCGAGAAUGCCACCCAUCUCAUUUCCUGGCUUGAUGCUGCUCUGCAUGCGCCUAACCCCGCGCCUGACAGUGACGAGGCGGCUGUGCAGGCUGUUCUUGGUGAGGUUCUUCAUGCUAGUUUGCAGAAGGUCGAGGGUGACUGGUUGAAGAAGCAAAUGCCUAAUGGGUUCGGGCCUGUUUUCUCGAUUGUUAUGAAGGAGGAACGCUUUGCUCGUGAGUUGCCGAGUAAAUUGCAUUUCUUCCAGCAUGCUACUAGUCUGGGUGGUGUUGAGACGCUUAUUGAGUGGAGGACUAUGACGGAUGCGACGGUAGAUCGGAAGUUGUUGAGGAUUAGUAUUGGGUUGGAGAACUGGGAAGACUUGAAGACCGAUAUGGCGAGAGCAUUUCAUGAGCUUGCGAAGUAG